AGCCUUGACAACCUUUGUAAACACUACUAUGCACCGGUUGAAAGUGGUAACGUCAUUUAUAGAAAUGUGUUUUGCAUGGAGUGCGCGAACCCUUCCGGCUUAAAAGGUGAUUACCUGGAAUGCUUAGAUAUGAUAUACGAAAUUUCGGAGGUCCCGUUCACAUCCAUCUUGUCGCUGAAUAUUGAUCAGCAGGUACCUUCAAAGACUAGCAUUUCAGAAGUGAAUAUUUGUGAUUUUCCAAAGAAGUACAAUAAUGAGCUAGAAGCAUGUUUUCAUUACACAUGCGCAGUCACAAAGUUAAAUGUAGCCGGCGUUUGCAAACCAGUAUUUUCACAUUUAUCGGGGAUACAUUUGGAGUACAGGCUUACGAUGAUCUACCGAACAAAUGCAAGGGAUAUGGAGCACGUACCUUCGGACAUAUUUGAAAGCAACAUUUUUGCUGUCCUAAAUAUAGAUAUGGAUAGACUUUGUUUUGCUGAAGUCUUAGACAUGAAAUAUUCACCUGAAUCUUUUGAGAUAAGUAUUGUUUAUAUAAGGGCUGUUUCAAAUGUAAAUAUCAAGCACGCUUACAAUGAAUAUGUAAAAGGCAUUGAAUCUUACAAUGAAAUGGUAAAGGACAACAAAACUACAUAUCUUCUACAGAUUUAUAAAUCAGGCUUUGAACCAAUUGACGAACAUGCCGUGACAUUUGCAAAAUUCAAUUCCAGUUCCACACACAUGUGCUUUAACAAUAUUGCAAUGUCCAAACUUCAGUUCUGUGACACAAUUACUUUUUAUAAGGACGAAUUCAUUAUCCAUGGCAACGAGAGUGUCAGUAUUGGUAAUUUAAUGUUUGGUCCGGGUGAAUUUGUUCCGAGACAGACGCAGAAUGGUACUAUCACAUAUGUACAAGUAUGUUUGGAUGACUAUAUUACCGCUUACAGAAUGACCGACAGGAACUAUGACGUUAACUCUGCAGCAGAAAAUGGCGGGAGACCUAGAAGCAGAAGUUUGCUUUUAGUAUGUGCUUUGAUUUUACUCCGCCAAUUUUGUUCAGAUUAGCUAGUUUGUUAUGCAAGAUCUGUUUUCGUUUUUGGUUGACUUAUUGACAAAGUAUCCAAGCUUAUAUUAAAUGUGUGUGAAACAACUUAACUUUAAUUUUAUGAUCUGUGAGAAAGGGAUUGGUGGAAACCAAUUAAAAACCAAAAACAUAAUCAGUGGAAACCUCUCAGAAAAGAGAUAAAUAAAUGAACGAUUUUUGUAAAUAAAUUAUGUUUCACAAAAAAAGAAAUAA